UUACCAGUUCCAUUUCAUCCAUGGCCGAGCAGAGAUUUGAACUCGGGUCUCCUGAGUCCUAGUUCAUCAGUAUCCACUACACAGCACCUGUGGGUAUCUUGCCACACACUCACACAAAUGUUGCAACCUUUCUUAAUGAGACGCAGGCUGUGAGGCUGCGUUCGCCUCCAAAGCAAGCCUCCUGCUACAUAUACAGGAUGUCCUUUGCUUACCCAACAUAGACGAUGUGUGAGCGGCCCUUGGAACUCCUUGCCUCAUGUUCCGUUCUCCCCACCUGGCACCAACCCUGGCUUACGGCCCGAGACUCUGGAGCCAAAGUCGGCAAGAGGCAUUCGCGAGAGAAGUUUCUGCUCUCCGCCAACUCGACUGGACCCUUUCAGGAGGCGAUGGAAGCCUUCUCUCCCACCUUCCUCCGUGUCACCUUUUCUGCGGUUUUCCGGCUGCUGUGAGCAAAGGAAAUGAAGUCAGCCAGAGCCGGGCUUCUCUCCGUGGCAUCUCCAUUUGGCCGGCGCACUUCGACACAUGCUCCCGAGCAUGGGGGAUCUCUCAACGACGGCGUGUUAAAACACGGGACUUCCUGUGCGGUGGGAAGUCAGAUGCAAACAGGUCCCUUAAUUCUGUGCCGUGGACGCCUUCCUCCUCGGCUCCCCCCACCCGCUAAAUUGAGGAAGGAAGCUUAAACUCCGGUUUUACAGAUGUAAUGCACCCUACAAAAUAACAGGCACACCUAAAGCCGGCAGGGAAUCCUUUGGAGAAGAAGAGAGUCUCACCUGGAUGCCACAAUGGACGGAGAUGAUGCAGAAAUGGUGGAAGAUUUCGUCUCAGGACCACUGGUGACUUGGGUCCAAAGCAUGGAGCGUCUGGCAGACUCAAGAUCCGAUCAGCCCACUUCCCCUCAGGAGAAGCAAAACCACGAGAGCAGAAAAGAGUAUUUCGUCAAGCUCGUGAACGGCGACUUCCUCAUCCGCAUCAUGGAGACUAUAGACAUGAUCUCUGAAGGCAGACGACUCUCGUGGAGUGAACCAACCAACGAGUCCUACAGGUUGCAAACACUCCAGACUCUCCUGCAGCGGCUGCGCGACUUCUACCAGAAUGAUUUGCAACAGCUGAUACUUUCCUCACCCCCUAAUAUCUACCUCCUGGCCCAUCAUCCUUUCACAGCCCAGGCUGUUGGUGAAAUGAAGAAGCUUUUGCUGCUCUUACUGGGAGGCGCUGUCCAGUGUGAACGCCGAGACAAGGUCAUCGGCUCUAUCCAGACCCUGGACAUCACCACUCAAGCUGCCUUGGUAUCUGCCAUCCAAGAGGUAAAUAACAAACAAAAUCAGAACUAG